AUGCCUCGCAAGAACCUCAACUGGUCGAACAAGAAGGGCAAGAAGAAGGCCGAGCAGAAGGAGGAGGUGGACGAGCUCCCCUCCGACCUCGAGUCGGAGGAGGGCGCCACCCCCGGCCCAGCUCCCAGGCCCUCGACUUCGAGUGGCAAGGCGCCGUCCCCCGCUGCCGCUGGCCCCAGCUCUCCCAGGAAGCGGGGCAGGUCGACCUCUAGCGCCGGGGACGACGAGGAGGCGAAGGAGGGUGUCGACUCGGCGAAGGGCGGGUCGUCGAGCGCCAAGCGCGCAAAGGUCACACCGACCAUUCCCACCGCGCCCCUCCCCGCGACCACCGGUCGCGUGACGCGCUCGUCGACCAGGACGACCGCGACGCCCUCCACCCCCACCUCGUCGUCCAAGAGCACCUCCAGCUCUGGUGCCAAGUCGGCGAGUCCCACUCGCACCCCGGCGACCUCAACGCCCCCGCCCACCAGCAAGGCUCGCGACGCCUCCGAGUCGGGCAGCGGCGUCAAUGACGCCACCACCUCCACCUCGCCUCCCCUCACACCCACCAAGAAGCCCAAAGGCAUCCGCGACUUCGGACCGCGGCUAGACGGCAGCCCCACCAAGGCGCUGCCGGCCUCAAAGACGGCGAUGGUCCCAUCGCCCCAACCCACCGCCACCGUGUCGUCGAGCAAGGCGCCGGUGACCGGGUCGUCGACCUCGACCGGGUCUAAGGGGAAGGGCAAGGAGGUGGUGCGUCCCGUCCCCUCUCCUUCCAAGGUGGUCGCCGCGGUGCCGCAGGCAAUGGAGUCGAGCGACAAGCCUUCCAAGCCAGGUUCGUCUAAGACGACUCCAUCAAAGCCCGCACCACCAAAGGUCGCACCAUCAGCCCCAGCCCCAUCAAAGUCAGCCAGCAAGCCGUCUUCAAAGACAAACAAGCCGACGCCGACGCGUGAUGACGACAGCAAGCUGAUGCCACCGCCCAAGGUGCCCGCACCAAAACCAUCGGCUCCACCCGCCACGCCCAAGGCCCCACAGAAGGCCAAGGCGAAGCCACCAACCCCAGUCGAAGAGGCCGGACCCUCCGCCCCACCACCCGUGACCAGGGAGACGCGCGGAACCGUCGCCGCCACGCGAGCCGCCGAGGCGGUGCCCAAGCCACUCAGAGACGAGGCGGAGGCGCGCCUCGAGAGGAACUUUAUGAACAAGCUCAUCGGCCGCCAUUGGGUUGGCGAGAAGAUGCUCGGCGCGCGCGACAUGCCGCGUGACUACGAGCCGCACUCGUACACCGACAUGCUGAAGGGCUUGUUCACUGGCACGAUCCCCAAACCGCCCCUCUGGAGAGGAAAUUUCACCAUCGUCCGUUCGACCUUCCCCGAGAUCCAAUAUGGCCUACGCUUCAACCGGCCUCUCAUGUUUCCUGAGCUCCUGGCUCUGAUGCAGUGGACCUACCUCCUCAUCACCGAGGAAGAGUACCGCAACUUCCGACCAGACGUGCGUUUAAUGUACCGUGUUGAGGAACACUUGAUCUGA